UUCACCUAUGAGUGUCCGAUGUUCCAUAUCUAAUCAACAGCAGUAUGCAAAUUCAACUUAUAAUUUGUCGUCUGAAGAUUUAUAUAUAAAAUUUCAUGGAAACUUUCUAGGUAACGUUACAGUUAUAGGUAACCGAGCUUCCGUGUAUUCUAAGCAAAAUGCUGUUGGUGAUGAUUUUUACAGCAAACGGUCAAUAGUUAAAACUGGACGAGCGAGUCGCAUUAACCGUGAGACUACUAUGCGAACGUUAACUACGUAUUUCACCGAUAUUAAGCCAUCCUCUGUGAUACUUCACUGGAAUGUUCCUUCUGAAAAUAAAUAUCAUUGUGAACCUCAUCUUUCGUUAAAAUACAAGAUCCAGUAUCAUCCUGUUCAUGAAACAAAACAUAAGGAAGCAUGGCCAGGUUCACCAACAGACUCUAUACAGUUACUAAACUUGAUACCUAAUACAAGAUAUAAAUUUAUCUUUCGCUGCAGGCCAUGUAGUGAACAAAAUGAUUCAGCUUGGUUGUUCUCUAAAGGUUUUUAUAUGACUACACCUCCUGAUAUUCCAUACUGGGCACCAGAAAUUGCCAAUUCCUCGUUUAGCAGUGAAAUUGAGGAUUUUGAAGAAGCUAAAAAAAGUCUAAACCUAUUCCGUUAUAUUCAUCGAAGAACAAUAACUAUAUAUUGGAAAAAUAUUCCUGCUGAAUAUGAAAAUGGUGAAAAGUUUCAGUACUGGAUACGCGCUUCAUCUCCAUUUCGACCUUAUCUAACAAAAGAAGUUUCUGCUUCCAGAGAAACAUCGUAUAGUUUUACAGGCAUGCUUCCAGGUGUUGUUUACAGAUUUGAAAUAUUUGGCGGCAAUGUUGUCGGUAAUUCCUCUAAUUCCUCAGAGAUAAUUGUUCGAGAAGAAAGUUCAUUGCUUGAUGGACUAGAGCGAAUCAUCUUCCUUUCCCGUACACAUGACUAUGAGAUGUUUUUCUUCCCUGGUCGAGAUCAAGUAAAAUAUUAUACUUUGUUUUGGUGUAAAAGCGCACAGCCACGUCCUGUGAAAUGCGAAGAUUCUCUACAGUGGCUGAAUUUGCCGUGGGAUGGAAUAUCUUAUCAUCUGCGCCUAUCUGAAAAAAGCAUCGAUUACCAAUUCGCAGUGUCUGCUAAUUCAGAAACCGAAACAUCGGGAAUGAUUUGGGCUCAUUGUCAUAUUUCUGAAAAUGAAGAACACAUUCUUGAUAAGUUAUGGACUGUUUGUCUUAGUUUCAUAAAUUUAUUAAAAGCUGGUCCUUCUGGCAUUUGGCGACGGACAGAGGGCAUUUUAUACCUAUGAGCAAAGUUGGCAGUUUCAAUUAAUUUGAAGCAAAAAUAAAAUGCAUUCCAAAUUUAAAA